AUGGACCCCAACACUGGCUAUCCCGCCGGUUAUCCCGUGCCUACUCAAACACCCCCGAAUCAAAUGUCAUUCUAUCCAAAUUCGAUUCCCCAAUACCCGCAGUCAAAAACACCUCUUCAACCUGUCCAGCAGCAGCCCCAGCAGCAUUCCUUUGGUGCCAUGCCUAUGCAGCCCGGUGGCCCUGGGGGGGCUAUGAUGCCUACUGGCUUUCCCCAACAGACGACUGUGUCGAUGGAUUCGUUUUCUUCUCCUUUUACUCAACCCCCUCUCCCCGCCAAUAUGACUCCAUUCUCCCAGCCGGGCACGAUGCCCAAUGGACCCUCGGCCGUUCAACAGGCAUUUUCGCAGAACAUGGCCUCCAUCCAACAAAGUAACCUCCUCGCAAACCAGCCGAAACCUUCUCAGAUGAAUUCACCUCAGAUCGCCCAAACGGGGUCUCCGGGUCAGGCUCAAUCCCCAGCUCAAUUCCAAGCCCAAGCCCAGGUGCAGGCUCAAAUGGCAGCGCGUGAGAAGGCCCGCGUCACAACUUUGCUGGAUAUCAACUCGACCUUGUUGCGGGAGGUGGUCAAUCUGCAAGCAUCGGGUAAAGCAGGACCCGCGUCACCUGGUGAUGCCAACGCGUCCCCGACUAAUCCGAGCGGAGAGGCUGUUAAGCAGCAGGGUUCGAAGCCAAGUCCAGAGUAUAUUGAGUGCAUGCGCCGACUACAGGCCAACCUGGCGUACCUUGCGACGAUAGCAGAUCGCGCCAAAAAGUCCGGCGGUGUUGCCCCUCAGGCUCCGGCAAUCAUGACUCCACCCCCAAACCUCCCUGCUGUUCAUGAGUUGUAUGCCAGGCUCAAUGAGCUAUUCCCCGGGACGGGCAAGGCGUCGAACCCUCAAACUCUGAGCCCCGGCGGCAUGCAGGGUAACGGCGGACCCAGUCCGUCGCCAGUCUCCGAAUCCGUGGUUUGA